AUGUCUCAAAAAAAAUUACAGUUUAUUCUAUGUAUUGUAUUAUUGAUCAGUGUACCUAAAUGCUGUGCUCCACCAAUUCAGCAAGACAACGAUUUUCUCACCAGUAAAUUACCUAUAACAUCGAUAUUGCGGACCGUCCUACUCGGCUAUUUGACUCACAUCGUAACGAUUCGACCUAGAACAGGAAUUACUGAUAUUCCUACCUUUUAUCGACGUAUUCUGGCUUUAAUAUGGCCUUGCGGUGGAAUAGGGCUAGCAACAGGAUCUAUAUAUAAGUCAUUGUUUGGAGAUAGAAUACUCGGAAUCCGCGAAUACAAGCCCUUUUUUAAAAGCUACGAAAAAGGAAAAAUAGACAAGGAAGAUAAUAAAAAAGAAAAUAGCGACGUCGAGACAAGGGACAAAGGAAAUGAUGACGAAAAUACAAACGAGGCUGAUAGAAUUUCUCAAACUCAGGUGGAUUCAGCUUCAGUGGGCUUGUUAACUGUGCCCAGCAUAUCUACAUCAGAGUGCGAGAAAGAUAAUAAAGAAGCCAUCAAGACUUCUGAAUUAAACGAGCUUCAUUCGGAGGCCUCCAAGCUAAGAGAUCAAUUAGUCGAAUAUUUUAAGAAAGAAAAGUAUUCACUUAAAGAAAACGACAAUACACCAUACCUUGCAGCCUUUCUACAUAUACUUGGUCCUAAAAAUGCAAAAAAAAUAAAGCACUGUAUUCUGAACGACUCUUUAGUUAUCGGUUUCAACAGUAGUGAUAGGUUGAUAGGCAGUGAUGCAUCCUGUGAGACUGAGGAAAUUACUGUUAUUGGCCCGGGUGCAGCUUGUAAAUACCAAAGAGCAGUUAAGCCCAAAGAUGCCCGUUACAUGACUGUCGAUAUGAUAAAUCAACUUGAAACCGCAUAUAAUAUGGAUGACACCUCAUACGUUGAAAUAUUUGUUACAGCCGGACAGCUAUUUUAUACCACAAUUGAAUGCAUGGAUCUAGACGGAGACAGAUGGGCCAAGGUUAUCAUUAUUAUAUACACUACAAUGUCAAUUCUCCAGACCCUUUCUCUCAUAAUGUUGCAUAAACAAAUGUCAGCCUUUAGUAUCAAGGAAGAUGAAGAUGAAAAAAUCCGGAAUGAUGACGGCGACUCUACUUCAACUGAAGGCGAAGAUGAAAAAACACUGCCUAAUCAUGAAGACUCUGUUUCAACCGAAGACGAGGAUAAAAAAACUCAACCUAAUGACGGCGACUCCACCUCAGUUGAAGACGGUAGAAAACACUUUGAGCUAUCUACUGAUAUUCUUGAUCAUGAAGAUGUUUCCAUUUCUUCUAUGUUUAUUGGAUCAGCGGCAUCCCUUUUAAUUGCUAGUGUUUGCGUCAUUGGAUGUCUUAUUGGAGCCACAAUUAUCGGAUAUUUACCAAAAUAA